UCCCCGGCGCACCUGCUGGGAAGCGGGGAAGGGGCUUCCCGGGGCCCGAUCGAAGUCCAGUCCGGAGGGGUUGACUUCCGAGAGGCCUCCGCCUCCUCCCCAGCUGUGGUAUUAGACGGGCAAGUGAAGGGGCGUGACCCUGGUGCUCAAGUUUCUUCCUCUAUACCUGGGAGAGGAGGGGUGGGGGCCAGGACUUCCGGCCCAGGUGAGUGUCCCUUCGGUGACGUCAGGUCACCCUUGGCCGCCCCUCCGGUUCCGCUCCCCCUCGCGCUCCCAGCGCCCGCGGGGGCGCGCCCCCGACGCCCUACAUAAACUCGGUGCGCCGCACCUGUCCGCCCGCAUCCGCCCGCCCGCACCUGCCAGCUCACCGCUGCCUGCACCUCGGCCUCGGGCCGGCAGCCCAGGGUCCACUGGGGACUUCGGCACCCAGAACCGCCCAUUCGACCUCUCCACCUUUUGUUUGGGAAGCGUCGCCGACAGCACCGGAGGGAACGGCCUGGACUUCGGGGAUCGCCUUUGUCGCCCACGAGCCCUCGGAGCGUAACCUGCUCCCUCUGCCGUGAGACCCUCGCCCGCGGAGGGGCGCUCUGUGGUUACUUCGGGUGAUAAAAAAUUCGCAGUCACUCGACCAGGAACUUUUUUCCGCUUUGGGUGACUUAUAACUCCAACCCAACUCGUCUGGUGGGAUCGCCCCUCGACGUUUCUUUUACUGCAGAGGCUCCCGCCCGCGCCCCUCGUCUUUUGUGAGGGCGGAAUGGCCAACUCGGGCCUGCAGCUGCUCGGCUUCUCCAUGGCCUUGCUGGGCUGGGUGGGCCUGGUGGUGUGCACCGCCCUUCCGCAAUGGCAGAUGAGCUCGUACGCGGGCGACAACAUCAUCACAGCCCAGGCCAUGUACAAGGGGCUGUGGAUGGAGUGCGUGACGCAGAGCACGGGGAUGAUUAGCUGCAAAAUGUACGACUCGGUGCUCGCCCUGCCCGCGGCCCUUCAGGCCACUAGAGCUCUAAUGGUGGUGUCCCUCGUGCUGGGCUUCCUAGCCAUGUUCGUGGCCACGAUGGGCAUGAAGUGUACACGCUGCGGGGGAGAUGACAAAGUGAAAAAGGCCCGUAUAGCUAUGACCGGAGGCAUCAUUUUCAUCGUGGCAGGUCUUGCUGCUUUGAUAGCUUGCUCCUGGUCCGGCCACCAGAUUAUCACAGACUUUUAUAACCCUCUGGUCCCCAUGAAUAUUAAGUACGAGUUUGGUCCUGCCAUCUUCAUCGGCUGGGCAGGGUCUGCUCUGGUCCUCUUGGGAGGUGCAAUGCUCUCUUGCUCCUGUCCUGGGAGUGAGGGCAAAGCUAGGUAUGGUGCACCCCGCUCCUACACUAAGCCCAACUCUGCCAAGGAGUAUGUGUGAGCUGGGACUCCAUUGCCCCAGCCUGGCCACCUAGACACUUGGAAGGACCUGGGGCAGAGCUCAGCCUGUGGGCAGGAUGUGCGGGCAGCUGUGGGUCACUGCAGUCCUGAACAUCAUGUACAGUUCCCUGGGGGCUGGGUGGGGGAGAACAAAGGAGGGGCGGAUGUGCUUUUUGUACAGUAAUAAAAAGUAUGUUUUGGAAAGUAGGCUUCUUUCUUUCCCCUUCAGGGCCUCUGCUUUCUUCCUACUGAGAUCCUUGCAGGGAGCUUGGAACCUAAGUAUAU